GGCCUCCGUUUCUGUUGGAGGCGGUCGUAACGCUUCUGUGAUUGGAUCGUCCUGGCUGUAGAGAGAAGGGGUCUUCAUGGCGAAGAUGGUGGAGGCAGAGGGAAAAGGUUGCGGCGCCUACCUGAGGGCGUUGCUUGUUUCGGUUCCAUGAGGUUGCAUCCCAUCUAUCACCGUUACCGCGAUGUCCGUUACACUGCACACCACACACGGGGAAUUGAAGAUCGAAAUAUUCUGUGAAGCCGUGCCUAAAACAGCAGAAAACUUUCUCGCUCUCUGCGCUUCGAACUACUAUGAUGGAUGUAUAUUCCAUCGCAACAUCAAAGGCUUCAUGAUCCAGACUGGUGACCCCGCCGGCACUGGGAAGGACGGCCAGAGCAUCUGGGGGAAACCAUUUUCCGACGAGAUCAGGUCUACUCUCAAGUUUAAUGCUCGCGGCGUGGUAGCCAUGGCCAAUUCCGGUCCAGACACAAAUAAGUCGCAAUUUUUUAUAACUUACUCGAAGCAAGCCCAUCUUGAUGGCAAGUACACGAUAUUUGGAAAAGUGAUUGAUGGUUCGGACACUGCAUUGGACGCGAUGGAACGAGGACCGGUCAACAACAAAAACCGACCUCUGGAUGAAAUCAAAUUAACAAGUAUCACUAUCCAUGCUAACCCUAUUGCCGAUGCUCAGCUACAGCGAUAAAAAAACUAAGCGAAAAUUGGCAUUUCAAAGUGGAAAUCUUCGUAGCGGCAUACCGUGCACAUAAACGAGUUGCUAUCAUAUCGCGCCCGAGGGCCUUGUACGGCAGUGUUUGCGAUUUCAUUAAAGUAGGCACUGCGAACCUCAGUACAUCACCGUUUGAUGAACCCGACGAGCUCUUUCUGUAAUUCCCGUUGCUUUCUUGCUUUCUCCAAGUCGUCGACGCUU